GGGGGAGUAUAUAGAGGAACACAGGGGUCUGUACAAGGACGUGAUGAUGGAGAAUCACCGGCUCCUCACAUCACUGGAUGGGCCCAGUAACAGAGAUACCCCAGAGAGAUGUCCCCGUCCUCUGUAUUCCCAGGAUUGUACAGAGGAGAAUCACAGGACCGCACAGGAGGAUCAGGAAGAACGUCUGUCUGAUAUAAAGUCAGAACAUAUAGAGGGAGAAGAAGAGACGUAUGUGACUGAUAUGAAGGGAGAAGAUAUAGAGGGAGAAGAAGAGACGCAUGUGACUGAUAUAAAGGCAGAAGAUACCGAGGGAGAAGAAGAGACGUAUGUGACUGAUAUAAAGGCAGAAGAUACAGAGGGAGAAGAAGAGACGUAUGUGACUGAUAUAAAGGCAGAAGAUAUAGAGGGAGAAGAAGAGACGUAUGUGACUGAUAUAAAGGCAGAAGAUAUAGAGGGAGAAGAAGAGACGUAUGUGACUGAUAUAAAGGCAGAAGAUACAGAGGGAGAAGAAGAGACGUAUGUGACUGAUAUAAAGACAGAAGAUAUAGAGGGAGAAGAAGAAACGUAUGUGACUGAUAUAAAGGCAGAAGAUAUAGAGGGAGAAGAAGAGACGUAUGUGACUGAUAUGAAGGCAGAAGAUAUAGAGGGAGAAGAAGAGACGUAUGUGACUGAUAUGAAGGCAGAAGAUAUAGAGGGAGGAGAAGAGACGUAUGUGAGGGGUGAUCAGCAGUGUAAGGAGGAGGAGAUCCCUACAGAUAUCAGCACAGAUGGACACACAAGCAGGAAUAUCUCAGAAGGACAUCUAAUGUUAUCCCCGGAUUGUGACAUAAAAGAUAAUGACAGUAGACAGGAUUCUCCAGGAGAUAAUUCCAUUACCCCAAUUAUACAUCCAGCUCUAUCAGCUGAUCCCUCUGAUCCUGGGAAAUGUUCUCCUGAUCACUCUGAUAUUGGUGCAUCUGUUACAGCUAUGAGAGUAGAUACAGAGUUUCCCUGUUCUAUAGAUGCCAAAUGUUUUACACAGAACACAAAGCUUAUUACCCAUCAGACAGGUAAGGCAGGUGAGAGGCCAUUUCCAUGUUCUGAGUGUGGGAAAUGUUUUACAUACAAAUCACAACUUGUUAUACAUCAGAGAAGUCACACAGGUGAGAAGCCAUUUCCAUGUUCUGAGUGUGGGAAAUGUUUUGUAUGGAAAUCAGAUCUUGUUAUUCAUCACAGAAGUCACACAGGUGAGAAGCCAUUUUCUUGCUCUGAGUGUGGGAAAUGUUUUACACAGAAAUCACAACUUGUUACCCAUCAGCGAAGUCACACAGGUGAGAAGGCAUUUCCAUGUUCUGAGUGUGGGAAAUGUUUUGCACUCAAAUCACGUCUUGUUAGACAUCAGAGAAGUCACACAGGUGAGAAGCCAUUUUCUUGCUCUGAGUGUAGGAAAUGUUUUGCACACAAAUCAGUUCUUGUUAUACAUCAGAGAAGUCACACAGGUGAUAAGCCAUUUUCUUGCUCUGAGUGUGGGAAAUGUUUUACACAGAAAUCAAGUCUUGUUAAUCAUCACGGAAGUCACACAGGUGAGAAGCCAUUUUCUUGCUCUGAGUGUGGGAAAUGUUUUACAUACAAAUCACAACUUGUUUCCCAUCAGCUAAGUCACACAGGUGAGAAGGCAUUUCCAUGUUCUGAGUGUGGGAAAUGUUUUGCACACAAAUCAGUUCUUGUUAGACAUCAGAGAAGUCACACAGGUGAGAAGCCAUUUUCUUGCUCUGAGUGUAGGAAAUGUUUUGCACACAAAUCAGUUCUUGUUAUACAUCAGAGAAGUCACACAUGUGAGAAGCCAUUUUCUUGCUCUGAGUGUGGGAAAUGUUUUACACAGAAAUCAAGUCUUGUUAAUCAUCACGGAAGUCACACAGGUGAGAAGCCAUUUUCUUGCUCUGAGUGUGGGAAAUGUUUUACAUACAAAUCACAACUUGUUUCCCAUCAGCAAAGUCACACAGGUGAGAAGGCAUUUCCAUGAUCUGAGUGUGGGAAACGUUUUGCACACAAAUCAGUUCUUGUUAUACAUCAGAGAAGUCACACAGGUGAGAAGCCAUUUUCUUGCUCUGAGUGUGGGAAAUGUUUUACAUACAAAUCACAACUUUUUUCCCAUCAGCGAAGUCACACAGGUGAGAAGUCAUUUCUAUACUCUGAGAAAUAAAUAAUCAGAAUCAGCUUUAUUGGCCAGGUGCACUCGCGUACACUAGGAGUUGUUUGUUGUACAAUGCAUCGCCAAGCAGCAACAUGAAAGGGGAAUACAUGGCAUAAGAAGGGGGAAAAACAUAGCAUACAUUACACACAUUACACAUGAGUUCAUACUGCACAUUGCAACUAUACAAUAGACUCAACAUAUUAUACAAUAUUAAACAAUGCACAUAAUACAGAAGAUUUAAGUAUUACACAUCAAAAGAUAAACCAGACAGACAAAAAAAAAAGACACAGAAAGAAUAAUGCAGGAUUGGUGUAGGCAUUUUGAGUAAUAACUUCCAUGGGCUGUGUAUUCCACCCUCACAGGGUACCAGGUGCGGCAGCCAUCUUCGGCGCACUGCAUAGAAGUACCCUGGGUGGAGUAGUCCAUCCUUGAGGGGUAGGCCUGUAAGGUACUACUGAUGUUCUCUGCCAGAGGGUUAGUGGGCAUAGUCCUGGUGAUUUCAUUUUCGAGGUUUGAUGAGUCCACAUAAUGGUCUGGAUUUCUUUCUUGAUGUUGUUGCUUAGAGAUAGGAAUGCUUUGAGUAUUUUAACGCACAGCUGUGCAUGGCUGAAGCUAUAAAUAUAUACACACAAUAGACAUCACUCAAAUUGUACACAAUAGACAUCACUCAGGUGAGGAACCAUUUUAAUCUUCUGGAGUAUUCUCAUCAUUGCCAUGCUUGUUCUUCAUGGUUCUUAUCCUAUCUCCUAUGCUUUUUGCAAUAUACAUGUUACUACUGGGUGAAAUAAUCAGAUGUCAUACCAUCGUCUACCACUGCUAUGCAGAUGACCUGUCUUUUGCUCUGGGUACUGAGAACCCAGUACCAAUCCUAAAUGGUUGUCUAGUUGAGCUCCAGGUGUGGGUUAUGCCAGUUAGCUGUGAUUCAGUCCUGGUGAAACAGGUCUUUAAGCUCACCAACAAAGAGCAGGGCUGCAGCUCAGCUUUACCUACCAACCAGGCUUACACUUGGGGGUUCAGAGUUACAAAAUGCUGAUCAUGUGCGGAAUCUUGGUGUCCUGGAUGGUGGAGUGACACUUAGACAUAAGGUAUCUGCUACAAUCAGAUCGUCAUCUGAGGAACAUAGCCAGACUCCAGCACUUUAUUCCCUCAGAAGAUCUACCUACAGUCAUACAUGCACUUGUAUCAUCACACAUAGACUACUGCAAUGUCCUCUACCUGGGUCUCCCAGCAAAAGAAUUGCACUGCUUGUAGCUUGUACAGAAUGCAGCAGCCAGGCUGUUACCUAACCAGCCCGUUCCUGCCACAUAACACCCAUUCUCUACUCCCUUCACCGGCUGCCUGUAAGAUGGUGACUCUAUUACAUAAUCUUAUUGACUCACCCAAUCCUACAUGACCAGGAUCCAUGGUGCCAGAAGCAGCUUCUGCCUCCUUACUGCCCAGUUACUUCCACCUGCAGAUGAAGGACUGUUACCAGCAGUACCAAGAAUCCUCAAGCAGUGCUGAGAGGUCAGGGGGAAGACAGGGUGGUGGCACUAGUGCUGUAGUAGGGGCUGCCAGAGGCAGUUUCUGUGAGAAUCUUGUCCUCAAACAGCGCUAGGGUGUCAGAGGGGAGACAAGGUG